CUGAAGCUGUUCAAGGCGCAUAUUCAGAAGGGAGAUUUAACGAUUUUCCCCACUCUGCUAAAAGCCAGCGGGCAAGUCACCAGCGCCGCCCUGCGACACUGGUUGAAAACCUGCACGAAAGCUUUGUGACCCGGUUCCAUGAUCUCCAACUGAAAAGGUCACAGAUUACAUUCCUCGUCGACCCAUUUAAUACGGAUACGGACUGUUUGAAAGCCCCGCACGUCACAGAUGAGGCUGCGGCUGAGUUGGAGAUGAUCGAUCUUUGUGAGGAGGACCAACUGAAAGCUGCUUGAAGGGAAGGGACCAUUGAGUUCUGGAAAUGUGUGCCAAUGGAAAAAUACCCCAAUGUCAAACGGGCUGCGCUUAAGAUACUGUCAAUGUUUGGGUCAACAUACUUCUGCGAGUCUGUGUUUUGUACCCUGAAACAUGUGAAAUCAAAGCAUCGAUCUGUUCUGACUGACACCCAUGUGAAAUAAUUUCUUCGAGUGGCAACAACGGAAUACAAGCCAUAUUUGAAGAGUAUUGUCCACGACAAGGAAUGCCAGAAGUCCCACAAAGCAACAUGCAUAACCAGCGCUUUUAUGAAGGAGGGGAUAACUACUUCCCCGCUCGCCUGCCGGGGGGGUACGAUCAAGUUGGCUACCAGGACAGGAACUCCAUGAUGGGCCUGUGCGGGAGUCUGCCCGGAGGUGUCGGAUUGGCGCCACCCGAGGACAAACCCUCACCGUCCGGCCUGUCGCCGCACUCCGAGCCCCACUGCCCGGGCCAGUGCCUGCCAUGGGCCUGCAAGCUGUGCAAACGCAAGACGGUGACCAUGGACCGCCGGAGAGCGGCCACGCUGAGGGAAAAGAGGCGCCUGAAGAAGGUCAACGAGGCUUUCGACGCCCUGAAGAGAAGCACUCUGAUGAACCCCAACCAGAGGCUGCCCAAGGUGGAGAUCUUGAGGAGCGCCAUUCAGUACAUUGAAAGGCUUCAGGCUUUGGUGUCCUCCUUCAACCAGCAGGACACAGACAUGGGGCAGCAGGGACUACACUACCGGGCCGGACAGAACCAACCCAGAGUGUCGUCGUCAAGCGAGCCCAGUUCGGGCAGCACCUGUUGCAGUAGCCCAGAGUGGAGCAGCACCCCAGAGCAGUGUACGCAAAGCUACAGCAGCGAGGAGCUUCUAAGUGCCGCCGACUCUCCGGAGCACGCCGACAUCCAGGCCCUGAGCUCCAUCGUGGACAGCAUGGCGGCAGCAGACGGAUCCCUGCCCUUUCCCGUGGACAUUCCCAAAUAAAAACUUUCACAAAGCGGACCGAGAGGAAGCACGCCGUCCCUCAAGACACAAAGCAGGCUGAUAUUUUCAUAUCUCAAUCACCAUUUACUCUGACAGUAACGAAUGAAUUCCACUUUUGGCCUUAUUUCCUUUAUUCCCUGCCUUAAAGCCACAGUCCAAACGUUGCAUGAACAAGGGCCUCGUUUCUCUCCUUACUUAAUUUAAGCUUUCCUCUUUUCCGAAACCUUUCCCUGAUCUAUCAUUCUAGUUUUGUGUGUGUUUUUGAUGCAAACGACAAAAGAACCAUGAGAGUAUUUGUGGGGCCAACAUGUGACCACGGUAGUUUUGACCAAGAUCUGCUUAAAUGUUAAACUGGUUACCGAUGCUAGUGAUGUAAAUACGUUCCCUUUUUCUACAGAGUGGUUUUGCCAUCUUAUUUUAUAUUGUUUUGUCUUUUUUUUUGCUAACUUAUUGUUGACUUUUAUAAUUAAGAUUGUUGUGUAUUUGUAGAUGUUUGGAAAUGUGAUAUUUCCUGACCAGUCCAUGCAAUAAAGACCAUUUUCAGUA